UGAACAGUAGGCAGGUGUGUUUGUGAAAACAGCAAAUCAGCAAAGUUAAUUAUGCGGGCAAACGAUUUCAUGAUCAGAGCCUUGAGUCUCUCGCUACAUUCUCAUUUCGGUUAUUGAUACAUGUAUGUUUCGUUGACAGAAAAAAAGAGCGAAACUGUAUGAGAAAGAGUUGGAUAUAAAAUACCGAGAUAAAGUUUCAAGGCAUUCUCAGUAUUCAUGCGGGAUCGUUUGAACAAAAUAAACUGAUGCUUCCGCUUUUCCGGUGUUUUAAAAGGAGAAAAUGUUGCAUGGAUCUCACAUCCACUUCGUGUUCAUACUAACAGUAAUAAUUAGAAUUGUCAUAGGUAAUAAUAUCUACAGUAAGAAAAGCACGUUAUUUAUCGGUGCUUUCUAAUUAUCGUUUUGCCGCAGUUUCUCAAAAGAGAUAUCACCUUUGCAUUUAGGUAGUGUUAAUUUUCAGUUAGGUGAUCUCAAAAAUGGAUUUCAGGAUCCUGUUUCGGUUUUUCAGCUGUAAAAACAGAUGUUUAGAAGGCCCUAGAAUGCUUAUUCCAUUUUAUGUUACUGACGGGGGACUCAUUUUGGGAACUCGCCCAGGUUUUAUUUGGAGUCUUUCUGGCGUAAGCUGACAGAGGUCUCUGACGAAAAUGGAAAUUUUAUUAACAGUCUGUACGAAUACCCUUUUGUUUCCGCUAAAAUCAUCGUCCACCAGUUGUGUUCAAUGUGAUAUUGGACAUGCGAUGCCUUGCGCCAUAAAGAUACGAAUAACAAUUAUAAAUCAACUAUCAUCUGCGACUUAACUCCUAGGGUGAAAAUUGUUUCGUAGAUCUACACGUUAAAUUAAAUUGAAAACUACAUAUGUUCGACAGUACAUUUCAUCUUUUUGAUUAAAUGACUCAGGUUUAAAAAUUUUAACUCAUUCUCUGAGUGACGCAUUCUGACUGGAGUCAUUUAACUUGACAGCCAUGAAUGAAAACGGACGAGACAUUGGCGAGCAACUAAACCUACAGCAAUUUAGUUUUUAGGUGACAACGACAAUAAAAUGACAGUACGGAAACCAGGGUGAGAUUUGUUCGAUCAUGCAGGACCUGCUAAUUCGUACGUGAUGUCUAUGUUUGCUUGGAUAGCACACAGGUGUGGAAAUUAAACAAAAGAGGUAAAAUGCACGUGCACUAUUAUGUAAGAAUAGGACAGUCUUACUGGCUGCCUAUCCAAUUUCACACACACAAAAAAACAAAAACGCACGAAUGGUUCCAACAAUUUAUUUUAUUACCGGGGAAAGAUUAAUAAGUUGUGAAAAACAGUUGGUGAAACAGCCUUGGAUCUAUCAAAAAUUUGAUUUCAGGAUACAUCCUAUUUCGAUGCCGUGAUCAACAUGUACAAUAACUGCUCUGUCAUCUGCCAAGGAGAACAAGCCAGAAUUCCAGAAAGCAAUGCUUGCUUCCGUUUUCCUGUAUUCGAGACGGAAAAUGUUCCGCAGGAGCUCAUCGUAUUUAACUGCAUUGUUAACAUUCUGCUUUUGGUAACAGCAAUUGUAGGAAAUCUUUUGGUGUUAUCUGUAGCAUGGAAGACGCCUUCUCUUCGCUCCCCGGCGAUUGUUUUGCUUUGUGGACUUGCCACAACCGAUCUCGCUGUCGGUCUUGUCGUUCAGCCCUUUUUUCUUUCCAUGGAACUGAUGCCACUCCUCUCGAACUCAGCAGAGUAUCACUGCAAUUUGGGAAAGGCAUUCAUCACUAUGUCCUAUUGGGUAUGCGGUGCAUCUUUAUCGACUGUUACAACCAUCAGUGUAGACAGGUUAUUAGCCCUUAGUUAUCACCUGAGAUAUCAUAGUAUUGUAAUUGUUCCACGAGUCAUGUGCGUUCUGACGCUAAACUGGUUGACUGGUGGAUUUCUGGCAAGUCUGAUAUUGUGGAGUGGAGAUGAAGUGUUCCUUGCUGUCAUGGCCGUGGCAGUUGCCAUAUUUCUCUGCUUGUCCACGUAUGCUCAUGUAAAAAUAUAUCUCGUUGUUCGCCGUCAUAAACAACAAAUCCAAACUCAAGCAAGGGCAGUUCAAGUAGGUAUCGGUAAUGGUUUUAACUUGGCACGGUUUAAAAGGUCAGUUGCCAACGCUUUCCUAGUUCAUUACGUCCUUCUUCUUUGCUACACGCCACUGUUCAUUACUUUGCUGUUGACUAAUAAUGACAAAUGGGCUGAUUCAGCAUUAUUGAAGAAGUCCCACAGUGCCAUAGCAUGGAAAUUAACAACCACUGUAGCGUUUAUGAAUUCUUCUGUGAAUCCUUUUAUUUACUGUUGGCGUCUUCGAGAAAUGAGAGUUGCUGUAAAAAGGUUUUUGAAGAAUAUUUUCUGUGGCAGUGAUUUAGUGGCGGCAAAUCCAGACUAAAGUAAAAGGUUAAGGUAAAAUCUGCAUACGAACCAAGUGGCCAUCAGGCCGGCCCUUAUCUCCGGUUUCUAUGUAUCAUGAAGCGACUAGGAGCACAGUAUUUCUAAUACUCCUGGAUGGGAUGCUAGUCAGUCGCUAGUUUAACCCCAGGAUUAAAUUCGCCGGUACUCAUUUAUACAGCCGGGUGGAGAGAGGCACUGUCAGAGUAAAGUGUUUACCCAAGAACGCAACGGAGUGUCCCCGGCCAGGGCU